GAAUCAUUCGCCAUGUGGGGAGAUUCCACGCGCGUCGGUGGGUCCAGCAGCAGCAGCGGCGCCAUGGCUCACGUCCCCGUCAAGACACACCCGCUGCUUGCAAAGGCGGUUGUUCGCGUUCCAAAGUCCAAUCAGACAGAAACUACCGACCCCGCGGCGCCUUCAACGUCCGUGUCCCAGCGCAUUCACGAUGCUGCCCACGUCGACGAGAACGUGUUCUUGUCGUACCAUGAAGCAUCGAUCGCGAUGGCGCUUCCAGAGCCACAUGUUACCCAGCGCAACACGAAGCUCGUGCUCGUCGAAGACUACGUCCGUCUGUCCACCAUCGUCAAAUCCGAACCAUGCGACGUCCGCCCGUUGGGCUACUACAAGUCGCCCGACGGCUUUGACAUUUAUGUAUUUGAGUGUACGCUUGGCUCCGUCGACCGGCCGUCGCAUGUAAAACGAUGGAAGAUCCAUCGUCGAUACCGCCACUUCGACUUGCUCUUGUCUCGGCUCAUCGAGUUGUCGUCGGUGUCGUCGGCGAGGUGGCCGUCGUUAUCUGGCUCGUACCUCCAAAUGUUUCGCGCCAAGCACUGCAAAGACCGCCUGGUCGAGCUGCACUCGUGGCUUGUCAAGGCGCUCGAGAUGCUGCAAUCGUUGUCGCCUUCCAUCGAAGCCAGCGACACGGUGGCGACGCAGUUUACGUGCUUCCUCUUUGCCGCGGCCAACGUGCCGUACGUGACGUUUCCGUCGCUGCCGCUCUUUGCCUGGGCACAUGAACAAGUGUACGUUCGGCUGACGUCCAACGUGCCGGCAUUGUACCCAUCGCGAGUGCAGAACCAGCUCGCUGCCGACUCGAGUCGCCUCGGCCUGCGCUUGACUCCGUCCACGAGCUGCAUCGACGACGCCAGUGUGACCAUCUACCGCGGUGCCGUUGUCUCUGGCGUCCUCCGCGACUCGUUCGACGUCCCAAACGUCCAAUAUGUCCGCGUCGGUAGCCAUCUCUCGCAUAUCAAUGGCAUUCCCGUCGACAACGAAGCCUUCGACACGAUCUUGCUGCAUCUGCGCAAUCUCGCGCGGCCGAUGCACCUGACCUUCACGUACGAUCGUCGCCCGCAGUCUGUGGAUCGCCCCUUGUCCGAGUCGGACCUGCGGCGCCACGACCGCCUUCAGUCGUCGGCCGGGUCGACCUGCAGCGGCCGGAAAACGUCAGCGUCGUCGAUGGGCGGCGCGACCGAAUUGCAAACCCCCCUGAACGUCCUCGGCUCUGUCCUUACCGACACGUUUGGCAGUCGCAAGCGCACGGAAACCCUCAUCUCGAUCACGUCGGACGAGAACAACCAGGACGACGACGAAAUCUUGUGCUGGGACGACAUCCCCGGCCUCGUCAUGGACUCGACGACGUCGGGGUUUUACUUUGCGCUGCCGGCACCGACGCCCCCCGCGCAUGAAGCGACCGGGAUCUGGAGCACGUCGGCCGGCCCGCUCAAGAUGAUCCUCGCAGGGUGCAACCUGCGCGGCAAGCAAGCAGUGUUCUUGGCCGUGACGCCGCAGGCAUUUGGUCCGUGGCGCGGCAGCGCCCAGUCGAGCUCUCGACGAGGGAAGAAGCAGCCGCCAGAAGUCCGCCUCGAACGCGGCAUGGUCCUUGUAUCUGUCAACGGCACGUCGACAUUUGACUUGACGUUCCAUGAAUCGAUCGACCUCAUCGGCCGAGCAAGCAUCCCGACGGCGUUGUGCUUUCGCUGGUUCCAUGGUACGCGAGUAGUGCGCAGUCAUCUUUGGCACGUCAUAGCGCAUGGGUAGACUACAGCUUGUUUCUGCACCCGAACAGCGACCAUGCGAUGCCCAUGAUCUAUCGGCCGACGUCUGCGCCGCCAAGUGCAGUGACCGAGGCCGAGAUAGCGUGCUUUGUUGAAGCGCAGGCAAGUGCUGUCGGUGGAUGUUGAUGCUUGGGAUGGUCGUGACGACGGUGGUGGGCUUGCCAUGGAUCUAUAGACCAAGCUCAGCGGGCUGCUCCAUCAAGCGCUGACCGAGAACGCGUCGCUUCGGUUGGAGCUCCAAGUCGUCCAGGAAUCGAAUCGACACCUCCGCGACGACCACUCGGCCGCGUCCAGAGUUCACACGACCACGGCCCAAGACACGGAUCGGCUCAUUCGACGAUGUAACCAACUGCAAGCCGCCCUCGGCGCGGAGCGGGUUCAAGUUCAGCAGACGGCCAAGGAACUGCGCAAGGCCGAGCAGAGCGUGCGGGACGUCGAGCGUCGAUUCGAGAAAAAGUUGGCGCAUGCCCACGUGCUGGCAAACCAGCGCGCCAAGGCGCACGAACAGCGGUGCAUCGAAGAGAGCCGGAAAUCGAUUGAAGCGGCCAAACGCGCGGCCGAGGCGCGCACCAAGCGGCAGGUGGACGAAGCGUUGGCCGCGCAGCGACGCCAAAACAAUUUGGACAUGCAGCGGCUCGCCGAAGACAAUGGCGAAGAGAUUGAGUUUCUGAACCAGCAACUCGCGCUGUGGAAACAUCAAGUCGAAGUGCUGACUGAGAACGACAAACGCAAACAGCGCAGCACCGCGAUCGGGUCGCUUGCCCCCAAGACGAGCGAAGACGAAGACUUGCUCGACGGCCGUGACCGCCGACGACAGUCGAUCUCACUCGACGAUCGGGAAGGCGGCGCGAGCGAGUCGCAGUCGUUCUGGGGGCGCGUGUUCGAGCCAGUCAACUGCGACGAAGCUUGACCUACCUAGCACGUGUAUUUAAUCCUUUCAAGGUCGUUCCAUCGAGAAUGAGAGCGCCAUCAAAACAGCACGCGAGCGC